GGACGAGGAGCUCCUGCUUCCCGAGGGCCAGCUCCGGUUUAAGCCGAUCUCCCCUGGCAGCCGCACCGCCUCCCCCGGCUGUAGCGCGGGCUACUCUCCUUCCCCUCGCUGUGAUGUCAGCCGGGGAGGACUUGCUGGCAGCACUGGGAAGCGGAGUUCAGACGGCGGCAGCAGAGCUGAGCCAUCCGAUGCUUUAGCACCCGGAGCUCUCCGGAUGCUGCUUCUCUCCAACACCCACAGCCUCUGCGCCUGCAGGGGCGAUCCGGAUCGGACAGCUCCUGUGCAGAAUUUCCAGUCUAUACCAAAGAGGAGGCAGACAAGGAUCUUCUAUCAUCUUUCUCUCAAAUAGACCUAACAUUCCUCUUCUGUUUUGUUCUUAAAGAGAGAGAUUUGCUGGACUGCUCUUGCAAACGGGGAUUUAGUUAAAAGUCUGACAGCACAACUUAGCUUUACCGACAUCAGCGUGGCGGACUGAUAUUAAUGUGGUUCUUUUAAUGUGGAAUUACAUUUGCCUUUUACAGCUGUAAAAACAUAAAACCAAUCCCAAACCAAGACUUAGCUAAAAGUUAGGCUACCUUUUUCUUCCACAAUUGUGUUCCCUCUGUGGAAAUCGUUCAUGCAGCUUUUGCUCUAGACUGCAUGGAAAAAAGCAGCUUGUAUUUUGGAUCAAGGAUUUGCUGGUGUAAACUGGUCUAACUUCUAUGCGAUGGGGCAGCCUUCCUUACUCUAGACGCCUUGUUGAUGUGCUGAGGAGCCAAUGUAGAUUGACAUCUUUUGCAGAGAAGGCAAGGAAUUAAAGUUACUCUUGGUGUUCUUCAGGAGAACUCAUUAGCCAUUCUGGAGAUGGACUUGCUGUCUGGAACCUACCUCUUGGCAGUCUUAUUAGCCUGCAUUGUAUUUCAGUCCGGUGCCCAAGAGAAGAAUUAUACUGUGAGGGAAGAACUGCCGGAAAAUGUCCUGAUUGGCAAUUUGCUUAAGGAUCUGAACUUGACACUGGACCCGGAUGUGUCCCUUUCAUCACCUCUUCAGUUCAAGCUUGUGUAUAAGACUGGGGAUGUGCCAUUAGUCCGGGUGGAGGAAAACACUGGUGAGAUAUUCACUACUGCCAACCGCAUAGACCGGGAGAAGUUGUGCUCUGGCAUUUUUAGUGAGAACCGCUGCUUUUAUGAGGUGGAGGUAGCAGUUUUGCCUGAUGAAGUCUUCAGACUGGUCAAGAUCAGAUUUCUGAUAGAGGAUAUCAAUGACAAUGCUCCCCUUUUCCCCUCAACAGUCAUUAACAUCUCCAUCCCUGAGAACACAGCCAUUAAUUCCCGCUAUUCUGUCCCUUCUGCCAUCGAUCCUGACAUUGGAGUGAAUGGCAUUCAGCAUUAUGAACUUCUUAAGCCCAAAACAGCACCGAAAAGGACAUUUGGAUCCAUUACGAAUGAUCAGGGUCAAAAUGUAUUUGGACUUGAUAUAAUUGAAACACCUGAGGGAGACAAGUGGCCACAGUUGAUAGUCCAGCAGAUCCUGGACAGGGAGCAGAAAGACACAUAUGUGAUGAAGAUUAAAGUUGAAGAUGGUGGAACACCUCCCAGAUCCAGUACAGCCAUCCUACAAGUAACAGUUACUGAUGUGAAUGACAAUCGCCCAGUCUUUAAGGAAAAUGACAUUGAAGUUAGCAUUCCAGAAAAUGCUCCAGUGGGCACCUCAGUUUCUCAGCUCCAUGCCACUGAUGCUGAUCUGGGCUCAAAUGCACAGAUCAACUUCUUUUUCAGCAAUCAGAUUUCCAGUCUGGCCAAAAGGCUCUUUGCCUUAGAUAACACCACUGGCCUCAUCACAAUUAAGGAACCACUGGACAGGGAGGAGUCACCCGUACACAAGUUAACUGUUUUGGCAAGUGAUGGCAGCUCAAUUCCAUCAAGGGCAACAGUGACAGUAAAUAUCACCGAUAUUAACGAUAAUGUCCCAUCCAUAGACACAAGAUACAUCAUCAAUCCAGUGAAUGGGACUGUGCUCCUGUCUGAGAAAGCACCACUCAAUACAAAAAUUGCCCUGAUUACAGUAAUGGACAAGGAUGCUGAUCUGAAUGGAAAAGUUACCUGCUUCACAGACCAUGAUGUCCCUUUUAGAUUAAAGCCAGUAUUUGAUAAUCAGUUUCUGUUGGAGACUGCCACAUUUCUAGACUAUGAGGCUACGCGAGAAUAUGCCAUUAAAAUAGUGGCCUCUGAUUCAGGGAAACCUCCCUUAAAUCAGUCUGCAAUGCUGCUGAUCAAAAUCAAAGAUGAGAAUGACAAUGCCCCAGUUUUUACACAGCCUGUCAUAGGACUUUCCAUUCCUGAGAACAAUGCUCCUGGGACCCAGCUGACCAAGAUCAGUGCCACAGAUGCAGACAGUGGACGCAAUGCUGAGAUCAGCUAUAUGCUGGGUUCAGAUGCACCCCCCAUUUUCAACCUGGAUCGCCGCACAGGAGUUCUGACAGCAGUGAGAAAGCUGGACAGGGAAAAGCAGGACAGGUACUCCUUCACUGUACUGGCUAAGGAUAAUGGGAUGCCACCAUUGCAGACCAAUGCUACUGUGACACUAUCAGUUCUGGACCAGAAUGACAACAGCCCUGCUUUUACCCACAAUGAAUACAAUUUCUAUGUGCCAGAAAACCUCCCCAUGUAUGGCACAGUGGGGCUCAUCACAGUUACUGACGCUGACUCUGGAGAGAAUGCUGCAGUUACUCUCUCUAUAUUAAAUGGCAGAGAGAAUUUCAUUAUCGAUCCACUUACUGGUGUAAUAAGACCCAAUAUUACAUUUGAUAGAGAGCAACAAGGUUCUUACACUUUCCAGGUGAAGGCUAUCGAUGGAGGAAGAGUGCAACGCUCUUCCACUGCCAAAGUGACCAUAAAUGUAGUUGAUGUGAAUGACAACAGGCCAGUUUUUGUCAUCCCUUCAUCCAACUACUCCUAUGAGUUGAUUCCCACAGCCACCAAUCCAGGAUCCGUGGUGACUAAAGUCUUUGCAGUUGACAAUGAUACAGGGAUGAAUGCAGAGCUCCGCUACAGCAUUAUAGGUGGGAAUUCGAGAAGUUUGUUUACAAUUGAUCAGUUAACAGGCAACAUUACUUUGAAAGAGAAGGUAAUCACAGCAGAUCAUGGCUUACACAGGCUGGUGAUAAAAGUCAAUGAUUUAGGACAGCCAGAGUCUCUCUAUACCAUAGCACUGGUGCAUUUAUUUGUGAAUGAGACCAUCACCAAUGGUUCAUAUGUGCAGGAGCUGGUGCGCAGAAAUAUGGAAACACCAGUGGGCCAGAAUGUUGGGGAUGGUGAGAUAACCCCACAGACCAAUGACUAUGUCAAAAUCAUCAUUGCUAUAAUUGCAGGCACCAUGACAGUCAUCCUGGUCAUUUUUGUCACUGCUCUGGUACGAUGCCGCCAGACACCCCGGCACAAGGUUGUCCAAAAAAGCAAGCAGAGUGGGGAAUGGGUCUCCCCAAACCAGGAGAACCGACAGAUCAAGAAGAAGAAGAAGAAAAAGAAGCGCUCUCCUAAAAGCCUCCUUCUCAACUUUGUGACAAUUGAAGAAUCUAAGCCCGAUGAUCCUGCCCAUGAGCAUAUAAAUGGCACUUUAGACAUUCCCGUAGAGCUAGAAGAACAGACUAUGGGAAAAUAUAACUGGGCCACCACACCAACCACAUUUAAGCCUGACAGCCCAGAUUUAGCAAAGCAUUACAAGUCUGCCUCUCCACAGCCCACCUUUCAAAUUAAACCCGAGACUCCUGUGCCCCCUAAGAAGCACCAUGUCAUUCAGGAACUGCCUCUGGAUAACACCUUUGUGGUGGGUUGUGACUCGCUCUCCAAGUGCUCCUCAAGCAGCUCGGACCCUUAUAGUGUCUCCGAAUGCAGUUGUCAAGGUGGCUUCAAGACCCCAGGCCCCAUCCACACCAGACAGCACACAAAAGAGAUGGGAAGACCCCAGAGCCCUUUGAAAGAGACAAGCCUGGAAUCAUGGACUCAGCCCCAGUCGCAACGCCGUGUCACGUUUCACCUACCAGACGGCUCCCAGGAAAGCUGCAGUGACAGUGGGCUUGGAGACCAUGAACCCAGCAGCAGUGCUAGCACAUCGCAUCCUCUGCCCCUUGGUUUCCCCCAAGAGGAGUACUAUGAACAGGCUUCGCCCAACAGUCGAACAGAAGGAGAUGGCAAUUCGGACCCGGAGUCCACUAUUGAAGUUAAUCUCCAAAAAGCCCUUGCUGAAGCUUCCGAAACCUGCACACAAGAAUGUCUUAUCCUAGGCCAUUCUGACAACUGCUGGAUGCCACCUUCUUUGACACAGUACCAACAAUCCAACCCUCCUUUGCCAUCAUUUGGCUUCCAGCAAGGAUGGGGUCGAGGAACCAUACCCGAGGGAAGACACGCGCUUGGAAGGCCCAUGCCGAAGGAUGAUACUGACAAAAGCCAAGGUGGUCCACGGCCCCAGUUCUACAACACCUGUGAAAGACAUUGUACCACUGAAGAUCCAGUCAAGGUGAUUCCCCUGGCAAACUUCACUCCAUCUCAACAGGCAGCAGUGUCUGGGAGUAACACCUUUAUACAUGAGCACCAGCUAUAAAAGCAUGUCUAUUAAAAUCAGCUAUUUCAGGCUUUAAAGUGUAAGUGUAUAUAGUCACAGCCUAACAGUUAACUUUAGUGCAUAUACAAACCUGUUAGGCUUGUGGAUAUUUAUGUAAAUAGAAUUCUGAAUUGAAUUUGAAGAGCUGAGUCCUUAGUACUGAGUUAAAGGAAAUUUACCAUAAUUGUUGGUCAAAAGUAUGCACAACAAACAAAACCCUGUUCAUUUUAUUUCCCCAACUGGG